AAAUCACCGAUCUCGUGACCUGGCGUCCGCACUAGCGGGUUAACGUUAACGCGUGUGAGGCCUGCCAGCCUAUCCAACUACUACGAUACUAUUCUCUACGGCAGGGCGCCAGUGACUGACUUUGAGGAGAGAGCUUCCUCUUGCGCCCAAUAUGCAAUUCUUCAUCGAUGACCUCCCUGUGCUUUUUCCAUACCCACGCAUCUAUCCGGAGCAAUAUGCCUACAUGUGCGAUCUGAAAAAGACGUUGGAUGCUGGCGGGCAUUGCGUUCUAGAGAUGCCAUCAGGAACUGGGAAAACUGUGUCACUUCUUUCGUUGAUUAUCGCAUAUCAACAGCAUAGACCUGAGCAACGAAAGCUCAUAUAUUGCUCCCGCACAAUGUCUGAAAUCGAAAAGGCUUUGGCAGAGUUAAAAGCUCUCAUGAAGUACCGCACUCGACAAUUAGGGUAUGCGGAAGACUUCCGCGGUCUUGGUCUUACAAGUCGAAAGAACUUAUGUCUUCAUCCAUCUGUGAAAAGAGAGAAGAGCGGGGCCGUUGUAGACGCUCGAUGCCGAAGUUUGACAGCAGGCUUUGUAAAAGAGAAGAAAGAGAGGGGAGAGGAUGUUGAGUUGUGUAUAUAUCAUGAGAAUCUUGACCUCCUUGAACCAAGUAAUCUUGUCCCGCCGGGCGUUUUUACACUUGAUGAUAUAAUCAAAUAUGGAGAACAACAUAAACAAUGCCCUUAUUUCUCCAUUCGUCGUAUGAUGCCCUUCUGUAACGUCAUAAUCUACUCAUAUCACUAUCUUCUCGACCCAAAGAUUGCGGAAAGAGUUUCACAAGAACUGUCCAAAGACAGCAUCGUCGUCUUCGAUGAGGCCCAUAACAUUGACAACGUUUGUAUUGAGUCUCUAAGCAUCGACUUGACUGAAGAUUCGUUACGAAAGGCAAGCCGUGGGGCGACAAAUCUUGAACGUAAAAUUGAGGAAAUGAAGAGCUCAGAUGCAGAAAAGUUACAAAACGAAUACCAGAAGUUGGUUGAGGGUUUGAGAGGAGCUGACGAAGCUCGACAAGAGGAACAAUUAAUGGCAAAUCCCGCGCUUCCUGAUGACCUGCUAAAAGAAGCCGUUCCAGGGAAUAUCCGUAGAGCGGAACACUUCGUAGCUUUUUUAAAACGAUUUAUCGAGUAUCUAAAAACUCGAAUGAAAAUCACACACACUAUAUCCGAAACACCCCUUUCUUUCUUGGCUCAUCUGAAAGAUUUAACCUUCAUUGAACGAAAGCCUCUGCGGUUUUGUGCGGAACGGCUAGCAUCACUCGUCCGGACUUUGGAGCUUAUGAACCUCGAAGACUACCAACCUCUUCAGCAAGUCGCUGCGUUUGCUACCCUCGCAGCUACAUACGAGAAGGGUUUUCUCCUUAUACUUGAGCCUUUCGAAUCAGAAACAGCGACCGUUCCCAACCCAAUACUUCAUUUCACCUGCUUGGAUGCUGCUAUUGCUAUCAAACCUGUUUUUGACAGGUUUAGUUCUGUCAUUGUCACUUCUGGAACCCUUUCUCCGCUGGAGAUGUAUCCCAAAAUGCUCAAGUUUACAACGGUGCUACAGGAGUCAUAUACUAUGACCCUUGCACGUCGGUCUUUUCUUCCCAUGGUCGUUACACGCGGCUCUGAUCAAGCCCAGAUUUCAUCCUCAUUUCAAAUCAGGAAUGAUCCAGGUGUAGUCCGGAAUUACGGAAAUCUUUUGCUCGAAUUCUCCCGUAUCACACCAGACGGGAUCGUUGUCUUCUUCCCGUCAUAUCUUUAUAUGGAAUCCAUAAUUAGCAUGUGGCAGGGAAUGGGCAUACUAGAUUUGGUCUGGAAUUAUAAAUUAAUCUUGGUGGAAACGCCCGACUCUCAGGAAUCAUCGCUUGCCCUCGAAACUUACCGAACUGCGUGUUGCAAUGGUCGAGGCGCUGUCUUGCUUUGUGUCGCCCGUGGUAAAGUCUCGGAAGGCAUCGACUUUGAUCACCACUAUGGUCGGGCCGUUAUCUGCAUCGGAGUACCUUUCCAGUAUACCGAAUCACGCAUACUUAAAGCUAGGUUGGAGUUUUUGCGCGAGAAUUAUCGAAUUCGCGAAAACGACUUUCUUUCUUUCGACGCGAUGCGUCAUGCUGCGCAGUGUCUUGGGCGUGUCAUCCGUGGCAAGGACGACUACGGAGUCAUGGUCCUUGCUGAUCGUCGUUUUCAGAAGAGACGCUCACAACUUCCCAAGUGGAUCAGCCAGGCCAUGCUCGAGAGUGAAACGAACUUAAGUACCGAUAUGGCAGUGGCGACAGCCAAAAGCUUCCUCAGGACUAUGGCGCAGCCAUUCAAGUCGAGAGAUCAAGAAGGAAUUUCCACUUGGAGUUUAGCCGAUCUUGAACUUCAUGUGAAAAAGCAAAAGGAGGAAGAAGGCAAGCGACAGAGGGAGGCGAUGGUCAAUAACCAAAUCCCACCGGAUGUGGUCAAUGGAAAUCGAAACGGAACAAUGACUGCCGUUGAUGAAUUCGACGAAAAUAUUGACCAGGAACUUAUGAUGCUUGACGCCUAAUGCAAAUUUGAUACCUCUUUUCCCACGUUUGUUGUAAUAAGUUUCAAGGUGCAUAGUGGAUUUCAAUGCCACAGCGUUCGUUUCUGCUUCUUACCCAUUAAUAGGAAAUGUUAUUGGGCUGCGGUUGGCGUUACAUGGCGUUCUAUUUGGAAACUAGAAAGGUUUGAGAGUACUACAUUUGAACUGUGUAUUUGAACGAAUAUUAAAGAAAUCUUUGACCAUGCUAAGCGAUAUCAAGUACAUAGGAUGAAUCUCGUCCUCAACUUUUCGUCACUAAAUAUAACGCGAUUCCAAAAUUCGAAAACGGAAAUACGAACGUGUAAACGAACAAAGGGAAAAGGAUUGCUCAUCACUCAAAUGACAAGUAAACAUGAUCAAGUAAUAGCUGAAUAGAGAAAAUUUUCAGCCAACAGGAGCAAGUACAUCAAAAGCACCAGUGCCGAUCGUUCCAACGCGUCCCAUGACAAUCCUACUACUAGGGCUGUCCAGGUUGUCCCAGUCCCUCUCCAGCACAGCGUCUCUCAAGAACCCAACGGUGGUCUCGAAGCUCAUCUUCAUAAACGGCGAAGUGCUAUCCUUCACCAGGCCCAUGCGGUUAAACGCGCGGAAACCACCAGCAUGGGUCAUAACAUCACCAAUGAGAUUAAGAUGACGAUUAUCAACCGAAAUGCUGUGACUAUCGAAAACGGCAGCCAUUUCACGAAUUAUAGAUGCACGGGCAGCCUCAACUCCGUACAUCAGGAGCAUGUCGGCAAUUGAAUUGGUGUAUAACGAAUGAGGGUAGACGUAAUCCUGGUAAUCUCGCAUGGCUAACAAGUUGACACCGUCAGUGACGAUAUGUGCUGGCUCUUUAUCGUCGGCCUCAAUGUAAGUACAGGUUCCCAGCCCCUUGACGAAUUGGAUCACGGAGGUCCGAACAGCAUCUUCGACGAGAGGGAGGAGCAGAAGCUUGGGCGUCGAGAUAUCAUAUCGUAGCUGAAUAUGACAAGAUUUGCCUUUUUUAAGGUUGAACUUGAACUUUGUGAUUUCAGCAUGUUUCCCAAUGAUGGUGUCUUCGCUCUCUUUACUCUUUUGUAUUUUUUCCGAGUCAGAAUCGGCGUCUGCGUCUGGCAUGUCGACAUCUUCAGUCGCAGUCCCGUCGCCAUGGCGGUUGCCCUCAGCCUCUUCAUUGUCAUCGGAGUCUGGCUCUUCGGAAUCUUGUUCGCGUAUAAUUGCUUCCUCUCCUUCAUCAGGAUCUUCGUAGGAGACUUGAUUGGAGCGAUUCAUGUUUGCCAUUGCCCGUUUCGCAUCGUCUUGGUCUUCCUCCUCGUCGUCGUCAUUAUCAUCAUCGCCGUCUCUGGCUUCACGCCCAAAACGCCUCGUAGACUCCUCUAUCACUCCCGCGGAAGUACCGAUGUCAGGCUGGGCAGAGGAGAAAGUAGAUAAUGAUUUCUCAUCUAUUCGUUUCUUCAACUCUGCGCGUGUUAAUUUGACAAGCCGUGGUACAAACUUGUGCUGGAGUGUUUUGAGAAUAUCUUCAAUCUGGAUGGCAUAUUCUUCGGUGUACUCAUCUGGGGGGAAAAAGUCUAUUUCUAUGUCGUAUAUUUUUGCCUUCCCACGGCUAGAUCCGGAUGAAAUGCGCUCAUGGACUCUAAGAGUGUCCACGACCUCCGCGAGGGUAAGCUUGCUAAUCGCUUUAGCAAAAACCCUUCCAUCCUUUUCGGCGAGGAAUACCAAGCGUUACGUUCUUCGCUGAAUGUCCAGCCAAAUGGAACGUGUUGAGAGUCAUCUGGGUGGACGGCUCGCCAAUCGACUGCCCAGCAACAAUCCCCACGGAUUCACCAGGCUCCACAACCGAUCUCAUAUAUUUCAUAUUCAUCACCCUAGUGAAAUCCUUUUUGGAAAUUCUGCUCUCGGUCUUGCCCUUUUCUUUUAGCAAUUUAUCGGGAUUUUCUUUUUGAUACUAGUAGAGGUAUAAGUCAGUAUGAAAUGUGCAAAAGUUAUAACAUUCCGUAAUCAUGCACACACACCUUUCUUAAAGCCAUUGCGAAAGAUUCUGAAGUACUUCCAUAGCAGGACCCUGGAGGAAAAAGGGAAAGUGCAGGGUCCACACAGUCCAAUUUGCCCGUCUUUCUCAGUUUUUUGAUUGCAUUUUGAUUCCACUCUCCCGCCUUGUCGUCCUUAACCUUAUUUAACUCGUCAGACCCAUUAAGCUCUUCAACGACAGACCAGAAAUUCU